CUUAUUAGCCAUAAACAAGAAACAAUUUACAUUGUCUUCCUAUCAACUUUUCGGAAUAUUCUUCGUGGCUACAUAAUUUACAAACGUAUUUUUAGCUUUUUCCGGCAUUUUCCCUCUUUCCUCGUCAAAACAAUCUUCAUGGAUACGAGGCUUGUUUUAUGUCACCAUAGAAAUAAUCUACAGGUCUUGUGUAUGUUUUUUACCCAACCACCAUGGAAGUUUGUCAAUAACUUGCUAUUUCUCACCUGGAAAAUUGAUCAUAGGAAAAUGGCGGCCAAAAUGGACAGUCGAGGAGGAACUAGACAAACUAAAGUCAGUUUUAAUAGGAAUGGCAAUCUUCAAUCUGCAUCAAGUAUUCCACAGACUAAUGAUAUGAAUCACGAAAUGCAUAUUAAGAUGUCGAAAAAGAUUGCACAGCUUACCAAAGUCAUAUUCUCCUUGAAUACAAAAAAUGACGAAUUUGAGGAGGUCGUUGAUGCGUUGAAAAAUCAACACCAAAGUGAAUUGGAAAGAGUUACACACGAAUGCAAGGAGAAGAUAACACAUUAUAAGCAAAAAAUGGAACUUGUAAAAGAGCAAGAAACUUUGAUCAGUAAACUCCAAGGACUCCUUGAAGACGAGAGAAAGGAAAAACGCCAGUUUAUUUCAGAUCUAGAAAGUUUCAAAGACGAGAAACAUAAUACUGAGGUUGACUUGAGGGGGAAAUAUGAGUCAAAGGUCGAGGAAGUCAGUAAAAAACUUUUGAUGAUUAAAGAAGAAUUUGAAAAUAGGACAGAGCAAUUUGAAAAUGUGCGGAAAAAGCUUGAAAAGGACAAGGAAACUGCAAUAUCUGAUAUGAACCAUAAACACAGCAUUGAAAUGGAAAAGUUGAUAAAAGCUCACAGGGUAAGGUAUGAUGAAUUACAAAGCGAAAACAACAAAUUACAGCAAAACAUUGAAAAGUUUAAGACCGAAAAAAAUUCAGAAGUGAGUAGUAGAGACUCAGAAAUGCAGUCAAUGGCUGAUGAAUAUGAAAGUAAAUGUGAAAAAAUGAAAAGGUUUUAUGAAAAUGAACUGUCUGCAGCAAAAAAGAAACAUGAAUCUGAAUUUGAGGAGCAGAUAGAAAAAAUGAGAAAUGAAGAGAAGCUACUGCAAAUGUCAAUGAAAAGAAAUGAGGAAGCACUUAGAAACAGGAUUCGGGCACUUACUGAAAAUAAUGAAGGUUUGGAAUCAAAGAUAGAGGAAUUGCAGUUAUCAAUUGAGGAAGCAAAUAAAGAACUGAAUAAUACAAUGAAUAAUAAUAAUAAUUAUUCCCAUGAGGUUUCACAGUUACAACAGGAGCUGAGCAUCAAAGAUGUAAGACUCCAGGGGUUGCAAAAUGAACUUAAUUGCUUGAAGGCAAAACAUGAUGCUCAGACUGAAGACCUACUUCAAAAAUCAGCUGAGCUUGGCUCUUUGGAAGCAAUGAAAGUUGCCAAUGCAAAUCUGAUAAAGGAUUUAAGCUGUGAGAUUGAUGAAGUAAAGAAAAGGUGUCAUGAGCUAGAGUCAGAAAGAAAAAAUCUUGGUAGAAAACUGAGUGCAAACAGCUCAGAAGCUCAUCUACAGAUAAAGUCUCUAAAAAGGGACUUGGAAAAAAUGGAAGAUGAAAAGAAAAGGCUUGUCUCAAGAUAUGAGCAGGAAAUAGCUGAAGCCAAAAAAACUGCAGAUGAGAAAUUUGAUAACAUUGUAAUAAAAAAGGAUGCAGAGGCUGUUGAACUGACUGAGAUGCACAAAACAACAAUCAAGGAACUAGAAUUAGUCCAUAAUUCCAAGGUUGAAGCGCUAUUGUCAAGUGCAAAGACAGAACACAGGAAUGAGUUAGAAAGACUUAAAGUUGAAAACAGCAAUGAAAUGAAUGAGAGACUGAGCGAUAUUCAGAAAUUAAAAGAACUUGUUGUUCAAUAUGAAAAAGAGAUCUCAAAUUUGAAAGAUCAUAUAAAUGAGCAAUCUGUAUCACAUGCGUCCACAUCAGAUGAAGUGAAGUAUUUGCAAGAUAAACUAAGAUGCGUUCAGGAUAGUCUGGAUAAUACAAAAGACCUGUUAACAUCAGCGGUGUCAAGGGAAGAAAAUCUCCAGAAUGAGCUACUGCAAGCUAGAAAAGAUCAUGAUGUGCAAUUGGAAAAGGCAGAUAUAAACUCUAAAAAAAGUCUUAAAGAUUUGGCAACAGAUCUUGAUCAGCAAUGGGGAAAGAAGUUAAGAGAUGAAUGUGACAGACUGCGGCUGGAGUUGACUAUACAACAAAAGGAAGAAAGUGAUGCAGAAUUUAAGCACAUCUUGAGUCUCAAAGAUAAAGAAUUUGAGGCAUACAAAAUGCAGAUGCAGCAACAAGUAUCUUAUUAUCAACAUCAGAUAUCACAACUGCGUCAAGACUUGCAAAGCUCCAAGGUGGAGAAUGAAGAUUCGUUGAGAAAAGCUUCAGAAGAAUACAGCGACCAGAAAGCGAACUUCGAAGGAGAAAUCUCCAAAUUAAAAUUCGACCAUUCCGGAGAGAUUGAAAAUCUUUACUUGGAAAAUGAACGAAGACUCAAGGACCUACUGGAGAAACACAACAAAGAUCUGAAGAAAAUUGAGGAGGAAUUAAAAGCAGAUCAUCAAGAGGCGAUGCAAGGACUGAUGAUGGCCAACAGAGCAUCGCUGGAUGCAUUGAGGCACGACUAUGAGAAAGCAAGAAAUGAAGAGUUGCGAGAAAUCAAAAACCUUCAUUCAGAAGAAUUGGAACGUCUACGUCAAACGCUUCAUAUUCAGCAUCAGAACGAGAUGGAACAACAAAGUCUACAGUUUGAGGAAGAGAUAGACUAUAUCAAAGACGAGUUGAAGAAAACAAAGGACCUUAGAUCUAAAGAAUUUGGUAUCCACUCAGCAAAAAUUGAAGAGCUAUCCAGCUCGAUGGUAGAAAAAGAAAAAGAAAUGAAUAGAAUCAGGAAUGAAGUUAUGCAGCUGCAAGAUAAUGUCAAAAUACUGAAUCGUGAGUUGGAAGGGAAAGUCGAAGAAAUAAGGAAAGUUAGAAGAGAGGGUAAUCUUAACACCAGACGAAAAGAACAGCAACUGGCAAAGGAACACCAAAACGAAAUGGAUGAGUUGACCGCAGAUCACCUGCGUGAAACCCAGAAACUUCUAGCCGAAUUCAACCGAGCGAAAGAACUUCUAAAGGAUAAAGUGGAAGCAUUCCAGCUGCUACUUGAACAAGCAGAAGACAAGUAUAGAAACAGAGAGUCCCGGCCUGAAGACUUGCAUGCAAUUGAUUUAUUAAGACAGUCGUUGGCUGAAAGAGAAGCAGAAUGCCUGAAACUAGUAGAAGAGAAAAGGUACUUUCAGCUGGAGUUGCUGAAUCGUGAAACGAAUUUCAACAAGAUAUUCAACAGUAUGCCAAAUGUUGGGGUGAUAAAUCCGUUGCAAUCUAGUAAGAAGAAGCGAAAAUCUGCUACUGACCAGUGGAACCUAUCUGGUAGUAAACCAGCCCAAAGGUCAUCCAGUGGUUCGUCGUCUCCAGCUCGUCUUGAGCCCAUUCCGAAUACACAUAUCCACGAACAACGAUUGAAUAACAGCAAGCCUUUGCCCAAAGCCCCUGUUCAAGGAAUGUGAGAGCAGUAAAUCGUUGUAUCAACAAAAUUAUUCAUCGUUCUUGUAAAUAUUUUAGAAAUCGUUCUUAUUUGCUGAGAAUCUCCAAUUGUAAAUAGAAUCUUUACGCACUAGCAUUUAAAAUGAGACGAAGUGUACAUUGUAAAUAUUCGAUCUAAGGAAAAGUAUUAGCAA